UACAUACAUAUGUAUAUUUAUUAGCACGUUUUUAAACUUUGUUUUACCUAUCAAUCAUGGGACGUCGGAAAAAGAGUCGUUUCUUUUCUAAUGCUAAGGGAUUUGCCAAGCAGGGUAUCUACGGACGUGGCACACACAUUAAUGACGAAACAUUCAGCUAUUUUAUUAACAUUUUAGAUGCCAUAAAAGCUGGCUUAGAUGAUCCUAUAAAUAUGGCCAACAAUGUCUUCGAGCAAACUGCAGAUCAGGAACUGUUCUUAGCAUCAAAUCAAAUUGUAUCUAAAGCUUUGGAAUCGCUAAUAGGAUAUGUAGAUGAUACACACUUGGAACGCUAUUUCACUAAAUUUGGUGACAGUUUGCGUCCCAUGUGUUCCGACCCCUUUGCGUCACAUGUGCUGCAGAAAAUGAUUGAAAUUGCGUUUCUACGUGGAUGUGGAAAAGAAACCGACACCGAUGUUGGUGCAUCACUUAAGAGUGCAAAACGUACCGCGACAGAAAUCACACAAAACGAGAAAGAUUUCAAUUUAAAAACAGAGUUUUCUUCGGCGCAUCGUGAGCAGUGCCUUAAUUUUGUGGUACGCAUAGGAAAGUUUGUGUUAAACAAUAUGGAAGAUUUCGUCUGGGAUCCAUGUGCAAAUCACAUUAUUCGCACAACAUUACUUUGUUUGGUGGGAAUUUAUGUGCCCAAAGUUGCUUUCGCAAAGGGUGGGUCUGACUUGACGAAAAAUAGUACCUGUUUUGCGGUACCUACAGAUUGGUAUAAUUUGAUGAAGGAAUUUGCCCAACGCUUGCAAAUGUGGCCGCAAUACAAAGAAUUUCCUUACCAAGAGCAUUCAUCUGCUUUACUGAGCGUUAUAUUUAUAGCGCUUAGAAAGGUGGACAAGAGUAUGCUAAAGCAUUUGGGGAAAAAAAUAUUAAGAGAGGCUUUUCAAGAGGAAGUUUCCAAUAAAAACACAAAUGACAAUUAUAACGACGAGCAGAAUGAACUUGUCGAAUCAAAUUCUGCAACCCAUCACACACUGCCCAAAGUUUACCAUCAUCAAAGUGCUAUUAUUUUGCUGGAAAAUAUGAUAUGUGUUGCUGGUACUAAGCUCUUAACAGAGGUUUAUACUUUACUCUUUAAAGGCCGUAUCGCUUACCUUUCUAAACAGCCAAAUACGAACUUUACUGUACAGAAAUUGCUACAAAACAUAAGCGUACUAUCAGAAUUUGAGUGUGUAUUCAACGAAUUGCAACCACACAUUGAGACGUUACUUAAAAUCGGCCAUACGGGGGUCGUUUCGGAUGUAUGUUCCGCAUGUUUGCGUCUGAGUUGCAAGCAGGCGCAAAUGGUCACUGCACUACAAACAGCUUUGCAUGUUACCAACAACAAGGAUAAAGGCCAACAAUUUUUCAUUUGUCUUAUCAAGUUAAAGCCGUCGGAAGUACUGUCAAACGAUCAAUCGAACUUUAUUCAUUUGCAUGGCUCACUGAUUGUACAACACGUCUUGCAGUUCAAUAAGCCCAUAAGUUUGGUUAAUUGUAUACUGAAUCUGCCUGCAACACAACUGGUGAAAGUUUUUAACACUCCCAAUGGCUCACAUAUUGUCGACGCAUUUAUAAAAAGCAAAUACGUUGGUGAAAAAUCGCGAGAGAAACUAAUUCGAGUUUUGAUUGGCUUUUACGUCGAUUUUGCAAUAACACGUCAUGGUUCGCGUGUAUUUGAGCAGUGUUUCAAUGCUGCACAAGACGAACUGAAGGUGCGAAUCAUCAAGGAACUAGCUGAUAAGGCAAACAUGCUAAAAGGUUCACCUUAUGGUCGCAUAAUCUACUCAAAAUACGGCUUGGAUACCUAUAAACUAUCUCCCAGUAGGUGGCAAUCCAGUUUCUGCAACAUAAAUGACCCCCGUGCAAAAUCACAUAUUAAUUAAUAAUAUAUUUUUAAAAUAUAAUGCAAAAUUUCUUUCAUUCAUCAAAAAUGUUUUGUGCGACUCUAGCUUUUUCACCUGCAUAGACACGAUUCUGAUAUAAAUUUAUUCUGUUAAACAAUAAACAUAUGUCUCCACUUCUGUAUGUA